AUGAAUUUAUCAAAACCUUCUUCUUCGUCUUCGUCUGCUGACGCGCCAGGACUGCUCUAUGCAAGCUUCAAUCAGGACUUUGGGUGCUUUGCCACAGGCUUGGAUGGGGGGUUUCGAAUAUUUAACUGCGAUCCUUUUAAAGAGAAAAUGCGUAGAGACUUCAUGGACGGUGGCAUUUCCAUAAUAGAAAUGUUGUUUCGUUGUAAUUACCUUGCGUUGGUGGGCGGAGGAAAAAAUCCAAAGUAUCCACCGAAUAAAGUCAUUAUUUGGGAUGAUUCGAAAAAUAAAGAUAUUGUUAAUCUGGAAUUUAAAACUGAAAUAAAAAAUGUCAAAUUACGACGAGACAGAAUUGUUGUAGUGCUAUCAAAUAAAGUUCACGUUUUUCAGUUUAGCCCCAGGCCCCAAAAAUUGCACACUUUCGAAACAAUAGACAACGAAAAAGGUCUCGUUGCACUCUCAUCAUCAAAAAAUGGUGCUAUCCUCGCAUUUCCUGGUCGUCAAAAAGGUCAUAUUCAAAUUGUAGAUUUACCCAUGAACAUCGACCUACAACCAGAUCCUUUGUUGGUUUCACCAUCAUCUUCAUAUACAAAUCGUCGAAAUUCAUUCCCGCUGCCUACUGAUUACAAUGAACAUCCUUCACGAUCUGAUCGUAAACAGCGAAAAUCAAGUGCUUCAAAGGUAAAUCCAGAUCCAGAUUCUGCCAGAAGCCCAAAUAUGGUGCCCGUGAGUGUUAGGAUCAUUGCUGCUCACACUGGAAAGUUAAGUUGCAUAGCUGUGAAUGAGGAUGGAUCUAAAUGUGCAAGUGCCAGUGAAAAGGGAACAUUGAUAAGGGUAUUCGAUACAACAACAGGCAAGUUACUGAAUGAACUACGAAGAGGUGUUGAUCGUGCGGAGAUAUAUAGCAUUAGUUUUAGCCCAGACUCCAGACGACUCUGUGUAUCCUCUGAUAAGGGCACUGUGCACAUAUUUAAUCUCGAUCCUACGUUCGGUUAUGGAAAUGAUCAUACUAGUCAUAACAAUGGUGGUGCUUAUUACGGAGAAAUUACAAACAGACAAAUAAGUACCUCUCCUCCCAACAGUGGAAAUCGACAAUCCAGUCUAUCAUUUAUGAAAGACCUAUUGCCAAAAUACUUUUCUUCGGAAUGGUCAUUUGCGCACGUCAAGUUGAAUAAUAAAGAUUGCCGAUGUAUCUGCGGGUUUGGACAAGAGAAUAAUGUUUUUGUGAUUUACGCCGAUGGAAGUUUCUACAAUUUUCAUUUUGAUCCAAGAAAAGGAGCACUCGCGCGGACUCUACCAAACCCACCGUAUGGACUUAGACUACCGGAAAAAUUUGUUGUCUUGGAGAAAAUUUUUAAUGCGUUGCAGAUUAGUUUGAAUACGAAUCUUGGGCAAAAUCGCCUCUGCAUCUAUCACCGAAUGAAAAAUCAGGUCGAGGAAAUUUCUGGAAGAAAUUUCGAUCUAGCACGUUUUGCACAAAUAAUCCACGUUUUCCCUCAAGCUUUUACUGUUGAAGCACAUCGCUAUCUCAAUGAGGAUUCGUUCUUGAUAAAUUUCCCAGGCGCUCAAAAAAUCAUGUUGACUCAACAGUUAAAUGAAAGGAAACGUAAAUUCCAUGAUUUGUUGUUUGAGAUUGUAAAGAAGAAGCACGAGGAAUAUUUGAAAUCGAAAUCAAUAGACCGUCCCACUGAGACUAUCGAUGAAUGGCACGCAGAUUUUGACUUGGAAAGUAUUGAGGACAUUCCUGAAGCCAAACUACCUCAACUUCACAAAUCUCAUUUAUCGCUAAGCUCCCCAAAGAUCCGUCUGAGUAUCAAUAAUAUACAGAGUAACAUUGAUGUUGCAAAACCCGUUGAAACACAAAAAUCAUCGGAGGCAUCAUCGCCCGAGUCUAGGCGAGAAUCUUUGCGAGAACGAAUUCGUGCAAAAGAAAUGAUGAAUAAACAGCGACAAAAUGUUAAAAUAUUAACUCCGGAAGAAAAAAAAAGGCGCUCACAGUUGAGCCGGUUAUCUGACAUAGCACAAACACUCUCAUUCAUCUUUGCAAGCAAGUCAAAAGAAAAGAUGCGGCUAGAGGAGAUAUCCGAAUUUUUAUCCCGCGCAGAUAGUGAUAGAUUGGUAAUGUCAAAAGUUGAGGCUCGUGAGCAUUUAAGAUUAUUAGCGGAAAUUUUGCCGGCCUGGUUUGAAAUUUUCGCUGUUGAAGGCGUUUCAUAUUUAAGAAUCGAGAAUAAAAUUCAAACUUCAACGUUACGUGAAAUUAUAGAACGAAAAGAUAUAUUUGAGAAUAGUAAGAAGCUUCUAAUUUGCAUCUUUUAG